AUGAGGAUCAGGAGAAUACGGUAUGUUUUCUCUGGAUGGAGUUUGUCCGUGCUUACUUACAACCAAGUCAAUAGUCCCUGGCAGUGUGUACUUUUACGCCCCCAACAAGGGCGCUGCCAUCUUCUUCGCCAUAGCUUUUGCUUUCUCUGGCUUUUACCAUAUCUACCAGUGCAUGUACGAACAGGAUUCAACUAUACUUGUCAUCACUUACCAAUACUGAUCGUGAACACCAGCCACUACAAGAGCUGGCGCCUAACCGGCCUCUACGUCUUCUGCGCCGUCCUAUUCGCCGGGGGCUUCGUCGUCCGCGCCUGGGGAGCCUUUGACUACACCAACCUCGUCAAGUACAUACUCGCAAACUACAACAUACUCGGCAGAAUCCUCUACUAUGCCCCCUACCACUCCCCCAUCCACCCCGGCCGGGUAAUCACCACCUUCGCCUUCAUCUCCGCCGUCAUCGAAGCCCUCAACGGCAACGGCGUCUCCCUAACAGCAAACCAAUCCCUCGCCCCCUGGCGCCAAGACAUCGGCCGCGCCCUCCUCAAAGCAUCCCUCCUCAUCCAAGUCUUCGUCAUCACCCUCUUCAUCCUCCUAGCAGCCAUCUUCCACCACCGCUGUUAUAAGUCAGGGAUGCGCAACGCCAAACUCUACAACCCGCUCUACACGCUCUACAUCUCCACCGCGUUGCUCUUCGCAAGGACAAUCUUCCGGGUGGUGGAGUACUGGUCCAUCGCUGAGCAUGAUUACUGGAAGCCGGGGUUUGAUCCCAAGAGUUUGAGCCCGGCGAUCAGAUAUGAGAGUUUUUUUUAUGUGUUUGAGGCGAUGCUGAUGUUGAUCAAUCAUGUGCUGCUGAAUGUAAGGCAUCCGAGGAUGUGGCUGCCAAAGAGCACAAAGACGUACUUGUCUAGGGCGGAUGGGGUGACGGAGAUUGACGGGCCGGGGUAUAAGGACGGGAGGCCGUUUUGGGUGACGCUUGUUGAUCCUUUUGAUGUGCAUGGGUUGUUGGGUGGGAGGAAGAAGGGUGGUGACUUUUGGGAUGGGGAUGGGGAACAACGGACGGGGAAGGAUGGGUGUUGA